GAUAGGACACAUGGCAGUGUAGCCCUUGACACCACCGCUGAUGUCCACACAUGCCGGCAUCAGUGGGAGACAGUUGUGCGUGCGAGCAGGUGUGUGUCCGACCGGGACACAAACACCGCCCUGUGGAUUGUACGAACACAGAGGACGCUCGCACUCUGUUGUUUGUGUUGACCGACGCAUACGUGGGUGGAGGACAGUGAAGGUCAGAGGGUGCAGAGUUUGGGACCGGGCUGGUCAAACCCAGUUAGGCAAACAAUCAAAGUGAAAUGGGAUGGGUCCAGGCUUAAGCUGUCUGGCCGUGCCUCGGCUCGGGCUGCUGGCGUAGGCACUUUUUCGCGUCCUGUGCAUCUCACAUUGGGAGUUAUCAGAGCAUGCAGGCAGGGUAGCAGUAGUAGUAGCAGCUCGCUGGGGACUGCAGAGGGUCCUGGAUCUGACCUGAUUUGUCAAUUUGAUGACUUCACAGAAGUGUCGCCCCUCCAGGGGAUCAUUGGUUUACAAUUCGGGCAGCAGACUCGCUGUUUCAUGUUCUUGUUGAAAGAAAAUUGAGGUGCGUAAUGGAUUUAUCAGGAGCACAAUUUGACAUCAAAGCGCAACACAUGAGGAGGCUCUAAUUCCCUUGGACUUUUUUUACUAUGGCUUAUCCCGAACAUUUGGAUUGGUUGAAGGAAACCGUCAGUUUCUUUCCAGGUUUGCCAGGGUUUUCCAGCAUGUUUGGGAAGAAGAAGAAACGGCUGGAGAUCUCGGCUCCGUCUAACUUCGAGCACCGGGUCCACACGGGCUUCGACCCGCGGGAGCAGAAGUUCACCGGGCUGCCUCAGCAAUGGCAAAGCCUCCUGGCGGACACUGCCAACCGUCCCAAGCCCAUGGUGGACCCCUCCUACAUCACUCCCAUCCAGCUGGCACCAAUGAAGAUAUCUCCCAAGAAAGUCCGGUCAUCCGAAACGCCGUUGCCCAAAACCAUUGUUCGAGGGAACCGGCCACCCAAAGAUGCCUCCAUCAACGGCCUGCUGGAGGAGUUUGACAACAUCUCAGUAACUCGUUCCAACUCCCUUCGUAAAGAGAGCCCACCAGGCCCUCAUCAGGCCGGAAGCAGCUCCAAACCCUUGGGCGGUGGUCAUCCCGUUGCUCCGGAGGAAAAUGGAUUUAACCACUAUUACUCUCGCUAUUCCUGUGACCUGGACACCUCCAGCAGGGACUUUGCUCUGGAUCCCAGUAAGCCAAGCUUCUCCAUAGAUGGGGAGUGGGCAGUAGGGAGGCACUAUAGAUUCACCAAGCAGAACGGUCACUCACACCCCAUACGCAGCCCCUUCUACCCAGACGCCAUGCCUCAAAAAUCGGACUAUGGCAAGCUUCCCCCAGACUAUCACACCUACCUAGAGAGCAAAGGGCGCUCAGCUGAUGAAGUGGCCUCUACUGUAGGGAGCGGAGUGGGCUCCAGUGGCUACUACCGGGCGUCAGUGGGCGGCUCAUCCAGCCAGGACUAUCGGGACACAUCCGUUGGCACACCAUCUCGUGCUUCACUACACAGCGAGCAGAUCAACUAUCCAGACAGCGAGUGGAGCUACGGCGGCCUGCGGGACGAAUACGAAAAGCGGCCCAAGAGUUCAUAUGUGACCCAGACCAGCCCCACACCAGCUAUCAGGCAGAGAUCUCGGUCGGGCUCUGGGCUGCAGGAGCCAAAUGUCCCUUAUGCCGCCAGUGGGGCUUUCAAGAACCCUCCAGUGGCCCACUCAUACAGCUCCUACACAUACCCGCGGCUGUCGGAGAGUCUUGGUAACUCACAGACCUUAGCCAAGGGCGACUACGAGCGCCCGUCGCGCGACGACAGUCCCCAGGUCACAGGGGGUGACACUUACCCCCGAGGGCCUCUUAAGCUACCUCAGAGCCACACCAAGCCCCCUGGCUACCCCCCAGCACACCUGCCGUACCCGCCGAUCUUUCACCAUUACAAACCCUCGCCCUACCAUCAUCCACCCUCUCAGCCCAGCCCACCGUACACCCCUCAGGGGGCCUACUCACAGCCUUCAUCACCCUACAUCCCUCCGGGGGCUUAUCCACCUCCUUCCUGGGGCUCCAGCUCUGACACCCAACCCUCCAGAGUCUCCCACGAGCAGUUCAGAGCCGCACUUCAACUAGUGGUCAACCCAGGUGACCCCCGGGAAUACCUGGACAGCUUUAUCAAGAUCGGGGAGGGCUCCACAGGUAUCGUGUGCAUCGCCAGCGAGAAACACAGCGGCAAGCAGGUGGCCGUGAAGAAGAUGGACCUCAGGAAACAGCAGAGGAGAGAGCUACUCUUUAAUGAGGUGGUGAUCAUGAGAGACUACCAUCAUGAAAAUGUUGUGGACAUGUACAACAGUUACCUGGUGGGAGACGAGCUGUGGGUCGUCAUGGAGUUCCUCGAGGGCGGAGCGCUCACUGACAUCGUGACUCACACCAGAAUGAACGAGGAGCAGAUUGCUACCGUGUGUCUGUCGGUGCUGAGGGCUCUGUCCUACCUGCACACACAGGGCGUCAUUCACCGUGACAUUAAGAGCGACUCCAUUCUCCUGACCAGCGACGGCAGGAUCAAGCUAUCAGACUUUGGCUUUUGUGCCCAAGUUUCCAAAGAGGUUCCCAAGAGGAAGUCCCUCGUGGGGACGCCCUACUGGAUGGCCCCUGAGGUCAUCUCAAGACUACCUUAUGGGACUGAGGUGGAUAUCUGGUCUUUAGGCAUCAUGGUGAUCGAGAUGGUUGACGGAGAACCCCCUUACUUCAACGAGCCCCCUCUGCAGGCCAUGAGGAGGAUACGAGACAACCUGCCACCGCGGCUAAAAGAGUCGCACAAGGUAUCAUCUGUGUUGCGGUCCUUCCUGGACCUGAUGCUGGUGAGGGAGCCGUCGCAGAGAGCCACAGCGCAGGAACUCCUCCAGCACCCCUUCCUCAAGCUGUCGGGGCCCCCUUCCUGCAUCGUCCCACUCAUGAGACACUACCGCCACCGCUGACCUGCUGGCCCGAACCCCGCCCUCGUCUUCACUAACAACACACACAUACACACACCACCAGGGUGGCACUGCCCUCACCCAGCCAAAACACCCCCACCGCUUGGUGGUGCGCCACUAACACUCACACAUGUAACCGUGCAGUAGAUUAGCCAGAGGAAUAUCUAAAAAAAAAAAAAAAAAAAAAAAAAAAACAUUUUAAAAAAAACAGAGAAAAGAAGAAAAAAAAAUCACCUACUAUUUUAACACAGCGAACUGGAGUAGAAGAGCGUCACGUGUUGGAGGAACUCGCUAGACGCCCGGUAGAAACAUGUGGGCCGGCUCGCCCUGCUGCAGGCUUCUUCCUUCCUCGACUUCAAAGUCUCCAUGCAGACUUGUAGUAGCCAUCGGCCUUCGAGAGCUUCAGAGGAGUGUGGCGAGUGGCAGACGAGGUGGAGGCCCAGGUGACCAGCGCACUGCUGCAGAGCAGAGCAGCAGCGUGUGCAGAGAGGCUUUUGACUGGUAAUGACUGUCGUGUGGUCAACAGUCCGUCGUCAGGACAGGCUGCUGCUGCUCAGCUGCUCAAACAGCGACAAGCUCUCCUGCAUCUCACACACUAACAGUGAAAAUGUAUUUUAGAGAAACUUGUAAGUUUUUCUGUACAGUUUUGAUAAUUUGCAGUAUUUUAUCGUGUCGUAAUCAUUGUGAUAUGAGCAGUAUUAAAUAGUUUCUGCAGAGAUCUUUCCUACUGUUUAUAAUCCAGUUUUUGCUUAAAGAUAUAAGAGAUAUCCCAAAUAAACCCACCUAAACUUAACUGUUACUAAAAAUACUAAAUAUAUUUAUUAUCUCACAUUUGUAGACAGAACUUCCAUUAAAUGUUGGAAAAAAGGGUAAUGACAGAAUUUUGUAUGACGUUUUAAAGUAUUUAUUUAUUUAUUGCAAUUGAGGUAUAUUUUAUUUUUGGUAGUGUGGCCUUUUCUUUUUUGGUUUAUUUUGUUUUUGGUUUUUUUUGUUGGGUUUUAAUUUACAUUUUUAAAGGCAGACAGUGACAUCAUCCGAGCAAUACCCCAAACCUGUUUAUGAAACCAUGAAGCCGUGUAUUUAUGAUACUGUAAAACCACCAUUUAAAUGUAGCACAGACUGAGGUGAUUUGACAGAAGAAAAAAAAAAUUACUUCACAGACCUGUAUUCUUUUAUAUUAACAGUCUCGCUGUGUUUCAUCAAAAUGCUAAGAGGCGCCCAUCCAGGACGCUUCCCUACCGCGCAGAGUUUAGGAUGCUGAUAAAAGGUCUCGUUUUCUACUCACAUCCUCACUGUCAUCAUCUCACUCCUUAUCCCACCUCAGUCAGACACACAUUUGCUAUCACGGGAACUGUGCUGCCAUUCUCAUCUCUAGUUGGACCAGGAGAACAGUGUAAUCCUCCUCCCCGCAUCGUUUUUACCCAUCAUUCACUGUGAUAUGUAAAUAUGACGUGUGCGUGAGUGUCUGUGUAUGUCAAAAGGGCAAAAGAGGUGGAGCGUGUUCAUCUCUGUACAGCGUCUGAAAGUGUGUGUUUGUGCGUGCGCGUGCAGUGUGCCGCUGGCUAAUCCUUGACAACGUGUCAAGAUUUGAAUGAGUAACACUUAUCUGUGGUGUUGGCUUGUACAGUGAUAUUGCAUGUUUGUUAUCGGUGGAGCUGGUUUCAAUUAAAAAACGCCCAUAAAAACAUUGAGAUGUGUUGCAUGGAUUUUUCCUUCAUCACCCUCUACAGUCUUUCUCUCAGUGUCUCAUAUCAAGCAGAGUUUUUUUCCGUUUUGUUUGUUUCUGUUUUGUUUUUUUAUUUACA